UGUCUGAGAAAUAAAUGAUAUACUCGAGUGAACUGCUGGAAGGGUUCCCACGAAAGUAUCAUGACUCGCAAGUAACGCCUUCUCGUUUUUACUGGCUGCUUAAUGACAGCUCUGCGCAGCGUAACGACUGGCUGUUCAUUCUUGUAGAUUUAUGUAGCGGUAUGCUUCAGCUUCCUUUUGUCAGGUCAAAUUUCGUUGUAAAUAUACCGAACAAAUAUUACAGGUCUGUUUUGCAAUGCGGAAUCUUUUGUAAAUUUAACGGAAUAUUGAACAGCACGUGCGAGGCUCUGGACAUUACAGGAUUUACACCGGACACUUGUUGCUCGUGAUCGAUAUUUGAGGACACAUUCACACACAAUUUUGGAAUUUUUGUUGCCGCUUACAUUAUAAUUCCAGUAUCGUACCUGUUGCUGUUGACAGAGGAUUUCUUCUUCCGGGAGGCGCAAAAAGUUCGGUAUUCACUAUUCAGUAUACAAAAGAUCGGAUUAUUUUACCCGCCAAAGUUUGGAAGGUGAAGGAAAAUUGUUGCUUAUCGUAUACAAAAUGCCCGUAGAGCGCAGCUGCAUUUCUUCCGGCAUGAGCGAACACAGAAGGGCAUCGAAGCCAAUUAUGGAGAAACGCAGACGAGCCAGGAUAAAUAAUUCGUUAUCAGAACUGAAAUCACUUAUUCUGGAUGCGACAAGAAAAGAUUGCUCACGACAUUCAAAGCUUGAGAAAGCGGACAUAUUGGAGAUGACCGUGAAGCACCUACAAGCACUUCAGCGCCAGCAAAUGGCCGCGGCUGUGGCCACGGAUCCCACGGUGUUGAACAAGUUUAAAGCCGGAUUCAGUGAGUGCGCCAGUGAAAUUUCACGCUACUUGAACGCGAUCGAUGGCGUUGACAAAAUCGUCCGACAGCGGAUUUUGUCGCAUCUCGGCUCGUGUCUAAAUGGACUGCAUAACUAUUUGACACCGAUUGCCUUUCCAAGCGUGUACCAGCCCGGAUUGACCGUGCCGGCGUACUUCCCACCUGUUCCCACUGUCCACUUGCCCUCACCGCAUCCGAUGCUGCCUAAAGACAGCAUAAACCUGCGCAGUGUUCCUGGCACCGUGCCACCGGCGUUAAUCAGUCAACGGGACUUUUCCAUGUCGUCGCUGCGGCCGCACCAGCAUUUUUUCCCGCCUUGUGUGUCACCUUUAACUGCCGUUCCCUUGAGCGACCAUAAUUCCUGCAGUUCCCCUUCUCACAGUAUUUCUCCCACCAGUCCACAGAGCACCAUUUCCUCCUGUGCACCGGGCACGCCCACCACGCCGCUCAGUCCACCGGCGCUGUGUAGUAAACUAAAUGACCUUUCCGAUCCCGUCUGGCGACCGUGGUGAUUACGUCUUACGUGUGCGUGUGUUUUUUGACAUUUUGGCCGGGGGAUACAUUUUAUGUUAGCCAGUAUGGCGUGUUUUAUCGCGUGCUUGGCGCCAGCACUGAUUGUACAGAUGGCGAACAGCUUCUUGACUUGUCUCUGACAUAAAAGCGCCUAUAUUCUUUAGUAAAGCGAGAACAAUA